AUGGGAGUCUUCCUCGUGUGGACGGACUCUACAGACUGUGCACGCCCAGUCCCUCCGGAGGAGACGCACAGCACGCCGGGCAAGCCCAGUCCCUCCGGAGGGGGACGCACAGCACGCCGGGCACGCCCAGUCCCUCCGGAGGAGACGCACAGCACGCCGGGCACACCCAGUCCCUCCGGAGGGGGACGCAUAGCACGCCGGGCAAGCCCAGUCCCUCCGGAGGGGGACGCACAGCACGCCGGGCACGCCCAGUCCCUCCGGAGGAGACGCACAGCACGCCGGGCACGCCAAGUCCCUCCGGAGGAGACGCACAGCAUGCCGGGCAUGGACAGGCCUCUGUUCUUGGGAACAAACCAUCUGGAGAAAGAGCUGGAAUGGAGCACAUCAGCCUGCAGUGAUGCUUCACUGCUUCAGGAAGAUGCAUGCCUCAGCAGGACACACAGGGCUCAGCAGCUCACACGGGGCUCAGCAGGUCACAGCCAUAGAUUCUCACGGGCAAAGACGAGAGGAUGGAUAAACAAGGAUUUGCCAAGGAGAAGAGGCCAAUGUCAUAUUUUCUCCUGCAGUGUGUUCAGAUGGGAUUGGAAAGUCUCCCUGUCCCACAUAGGAUCCAUGACAGCAGAGCGUGUCGAGUUCACUGCUCACUGUUCACUGCGGUGUCAGCCCAUCUGCGUUGCCAUGAAGUAAUAUCUGAGACUGAGUGAUCGACGAAGAACACAGGUUUGUUUUGGCUCAUGGUUCUGCAGGCCAUAUAGGAAGCACAGCACAGUGCUGGUAUCUGCUACUGGUGAAGCCUCAGGAGGAUUCCAGUCAUGGCAGAAGGCAAAGGGAGAGCCAGCAUGUCCCACGGUGAGAGAGAGAGCAAGAUAGGGAGUGAGGGAGAGCCAGGCUCCUUUAAACAACCAGGGCUUGCAUAGACUUACAGAGUGAGAACUCACUGGCUUCCAUGGAGUGGGUGCCAAGCCAUUCGUGGGGAAUCCAUCCACAUGACCAAAUGCCUCCCGUCAGGCCCCACCUCCAACACUGGAGAUCACAUUUCAACAUGAGACUUGGAGGGGACAGAUACCCAAACAAUGUCAUAUGCUUUGCUUUUCUCACGUGCAACUAUAUUCUAGAAGUCUUUCCAUGUCAGUACACAGAGACUAUCCCCAUUAUUUCAGUUGUGCCAAGGAAACAUCAUUGACCGAGAUAGUCAUUUCUCACUAGAUUGUCACUGUCGAGACAUUAACUCAUCCAUGUUCCUAAAACUCCAUUCGCAUGGACACACACCGUGUGUUAGUGCUGCUUCAUCAGAUAUCGUGUUAGCAAAGCAGCCAGUGCAAAAAAAAAAAACUCUUAACCUACGUGAAGCACCAACAUGUUGCCCAUCCUGGAUAUGUGUUGUGAAAUCAGGUGCAUGUGACGUAGACAUACAGGUGAAAAAUUGCAUUUUAGAUGUAUUUGUUAAUAAAACUACAUUAUUGAAUGUAAUGAAACUACAAAUAAAGUUAAAAUUUUUAAUGCAACUCAAAAAUAGUCCAACAGAUGGACUGUGCAACAAAGGAAUAGAAAUAAAUAAAAAUCAUGAAAUGU